AUGGCCGGCUUGAACGACGGUUUCAAGAUCCUGUACCUUGGCGUGGCAGCUGCUGUUUACUUCAAGCCUGAUUAUACCAUCAACAACUCCAGAACUAUUACACUUGCCAUCUUCUUCGCCAUCAUUACAGUAUCCAAGCUCAUUUAUCAAUUAUUUCUUUACCCUCGAUUUUUCACCCCUUUGAAACAAUUACCCACACCCUCGGAACGUCACUGGUUUAAGGGAAAUUCAACUUCAGGCUUGAUUGACACUCCACACGAGCAGAUUCAUGAGUGGGCCACCACCAUUCCAAAUGACGGACUGCUUCGAUUCUACAUUGUUGGUCAGCUCGAGCGGGUCGUCUUAACAAAUCCUAAGGCCUUGAGCGAAGUUCUGAAUUCCAAGGUGUAUGAUUUUGCCAAACCCAACAUUGUACAACAAAACUUGCGCCGCGUUGUUGGAGAUGGUGUGCUACUUGCCGAGGGCGACGAUCAUAAGUUCCAACGCAAGAAUCUAUUGCCCGCAUUUUCUUACCGCCACAUCAAAGAUCUCUACCCCAUUUUUUGGGAAAAGAGCACUGAAAUGGCCAAAUUGAUCCGCCGUGACGUCGAAACCAAAGGACCAAAUGAGGACAAUACCAUCACAGUGCGAACCUAUGCCAGUCGCGCCACCCUAGACAUUAUCGGGUUGGCUGGGAUGGGUCACGACUUUGAUUCCCUACAAAAUCCAGAAAAUCGCCUUUACAAAUCUUACCAAAAGAUCUUCACCAGCCCGAGUACUUUCACCCGCGUCCUAUUCCUGGUCGGUGUGAUGCUCGGAGACAUGAAGAUCAUUCACAAAAUCCCCACCGCGCGAAACAAGACCUUCGCCGAAGGUCGAUUUGUUAUUCGUGAGACUGCCCGCCAAAUGCUGCGGGAGAAGGAAGCCGACGUGGAGGAUGAAAAGAAGAACACCGGCAUUGACAUUAUCUCGGUCGCGAUGCGAAGUGGGAAUUUUGAAGAAGAAAAUCUCCUGGAUCAAUUGAUGACAUUCUUGGCCGCGGGACACGAAACCACAGCAAGCGCUCUUCAGUGGGCCGUUUAUGCUUUAUGUAAAAAUCCCGAAGUCCAAGAACGCCUACGCGAGGAAGUUCGCACUCAUCUCCCCCCUAUUAAUGUCGAAGAUCCCGAACCUAUUGACGCUGCUGCUAUUGACAACCUCGCUUAUCUGAAUGCCGUCUGCAACGAGGUACUUCGGUUCUACCCAUCUGUCCCCAACACUGUUCGUGAAGCGACCAAGGAUACAUCAGUGGUCGGCCAGCCGAUUCCUAAAGGCACAAUCCUAAUUCUUUCACCCGAGCUUCUGAACCAUUUGCCUGAGCUCUGGGGACCUGAUGCGGAUAAGUUCAAUCCGGAUCGAUGGAUGGGUCCAGGUAAAGCAAAUACUGGUGGGGCUACAAGCAACUAUGCAUUCUUGAGUUUCCUUCACGGGCCCCGUGCCUGUAUUGGGCAAGGAUUUUCUAAGGCCGAACUUGCUUGUCUAAUUGCUGUGCUUGUUGGCAGCUUUAAGUUUGAGCUGAAAUACCCCGAUGCCAAGUUAGAGUUGAAGAUGGGUGCGACAAGUUCACCAAAGGAUGGUGUUCAAGCGAAGUUUACUCCGUUGGAUGGAUGGUAA